AUGGGUGAUUACAAGCUCUCCGCCUCGCUGCAAGGCCAUGAAGACGAUGUCAGGGGUGUUGUGUUCCCCCACCCGAAUUUCGUCGUCUCUGCCUCGAGAGAUGCAACCGUACGCUUGUGGAAACUCCUCCCCCAAACCCCGCCAACCUACGACGACACAAUUGUGUCGCAUGGAACCGCCUUCGUCAACUCCUUGGCCUUCGUCCCUCCAUCCUCGGAAUUCCCAGAAGGUCUCAUCGUAUCCGGCGGCCAAGACACAAUUAUAGAUGUCAGGCAACCAGCAAAGGCAGGUGCCGACAAUGCUGAUGCGUUACUUCUGGGACACGGCCACAACGUUUGCGCCCUAGAUGUCAGCGAAGAUGGGAAGAAGAUCGUCAGUGGCAGCUGGGAUAACGAUGCUCGCAUAUGGCAAGUGGGGAAGUGGGAAGAAUCCACAGUGCUACGAGGACACGGGGCCGCUGUUUGGGCUGUCUUAGCCUACGAUAAGGAGACUAUCAUAACUGGCUGCGCCGACCAGGCCAUUCGUGUGUUCCACACUUCCGGCAAGCUCAUCCGACGCCUCAAGGUCGGAGAUGUUGUCAGAGCCUUAUGCAGACUUCCACCAAAGCAUCCGUCCGGCGCCCACUUUGCGUCAUCUGGUAACGACGCUGUCAUCCGAUUGUGGACACUUGAGGGCCGCGAAGUUGCUCAGCUACACGGACACGAGUCUUUUGUAUACUCUCUCGCAGCUCUACCAGACGGAAACAUCGUCAGCUCAUCCGAGGACAGGACCGCCCGCAUUUGGUCUAAUCAGCAGUGUAUACAGACAAUCACGCAUCCAGCGAUAUCGGUAUGGUGCGUUGCGGUAUGUCCAGAUAAUGGAGACAUAGUCACAGGGGCGAGUGAUCGCAUAGUACGGGUAUUCAGCAAAGUAAAGGAGCGACAAGCUGAGGAAUCGGCGAUCGAGGAGUUCAACGAAUCAGUGAGGGCAUCGGCAAUCCCCCAACAAACCAUGCCGAAUAUCAACAAGGACGCAUUACCUGGCCCUGAUUUCCUAACCUCGAAAUCCGGAACCAAGGAAGGCCAGGUCCAAAUGAUCAAGGAACUCAACGGGGAUGUGUGUGCAUACACUUGGUCAACGGCAGCGAGGCAAUGGGUGAAUGUCGGAACUGUCGUGGAAGGCGCUGGUAGUGACGGCAAGAAAAUCUCCCACGAGGGCAAAGAUUACGACUUUGUCUUCGACGUUGACAUCGAAGAAGGCAAACCGCCACUGAAACUGCCUUUCAAUGUCUCUCAAAAUCCUUACGAGGUGGCGCGGAAGUUUUGCGCGGACAACAAACUCCCUGUCACCUACCUGGAUCAAGUCACGAACUUCAUAGUUACCAACACGCAGGGUACAACCAUUGGCCAGUCCCAGAAUCAGGGCGGCGCGGAUCCAUGGGGUACAGAACAUCGCUACCGACCGGGGGAUGACACACCCGCGCAACCAGCGCCACGGCCCAAACUCCUCCCACAAAAGGAGUACCUGGAUAUCUCGACAGCCAAUCACAAGGCGAUGUUCAAAAAACUCCAAGAAUUCAACCAAUCUCUCAUCGAAGAUGGAUCCAAAGACGUCUCCCUCAAUCCACAUGACAUUGAGGUUCUCGACUCUAUAGUCACUAAGCUCGAAAAGGGCAAAUCUAGCAGCAUAGAUUCCGACUCCAUCUCUCUCGUCCUCAAAAUAGCGACGGCAUGGCCGGCUGACAAAGUUUUGCCUGGCCUCGACGUCCUGCGCCUCAUAACUGCCUCCUCGGGAACCUGCGUGGAGCAAAUCUCCCCUCCACUCCCGCACAUCCUUGCCGAUGCCAAGCUCUUCGAACCGUCUACACCACCAAAUAACACCAUGAUGGCCAUCAGGGCUUUUGUCAACCUCUUCAAGACCAAAUCCGGUCGUGACCUCGCAAACGCAGAAUUUGAGACUAUUCACAAACUCUGCAAACCGUACACCACCUCGACGAACCGUAACACCAUUGUCGCACUAACAACUCUCUACAUUAAUUUCGCUGUCUUGCUGAGUGCGCCAGAGACAGCAAACGCAGACCGCGCGCUUACGCUGUUGGACGACUUGAGUGACAUUUUGAAGUCAGCCCGCGAUUCGGAGGCCAUGUAUAGGGCCGUUGUGGCCGCCGGCACGCUGUUUGCGCUGGGAAAGGACUUCUGCGAGGCUGGACGAGACGUCUUUGGGUACGAAGCUGCGUUGAAGAAAGCGGAAGAGACAGUGAGGGAGCCCAGGAUUAGGAAUGUGGUCGCGGAGAUUAGGGAUAUGCUUGGAUAG